AUGUCUGAACCAUAUAUCGAUUAUGCUGUCAAUGUCGUUGCUCAUUCCAAAUGGGCUACUGAUCGAAAACUGUAUGGUGUAAAAGGUUUCAGUCAGAGCUAUACAUGUCCAACUGAAGGCUGUGCGAACUGUGCUCCUCCAUCUUACACCAACGGAUACAAUCGUGCAUUCACUCGACCAUGGACCGCUUCCGAUAGGCAGUUGACAGCUCCUGCCACUUGUGGACCUACCGAAGCAGCUACACUUGAUAUGGUGAGCAGACAGAUCUUAACCGAAGUAACGAAAUCCGUCCUCAGUACUUCUAAAGCACCUAACAAGGAUCAUCAAUGUCGCAGACUACAAGGAGGUCAUAAGGUUUCUUGGUAG